AUGACAGGAUUGUAUCUAACAUUUAAGCUCACAUCUGUGGUUGACAAGGUGCAAUCUUUCUUUGCUGUAGUGAAGGCAUUGUCACGUAAAGAAGUACACUAUGGGGCUCAUGCAACAUCAGAGCAGGUUGUUGCAGCCGGUGAUCUUUGUGCCAUUUGUCAAGAGAAGAUGCAUGCCCCAAUCUUACUUCGUUGUAAACACAUUUUCUGCAAAGACUGUGUAUCAGAGUGGUUUGAGAGGGAAAGGACCUGCCCAUUAUGCAGGGCUUUGGUAAAACCUGCAGACCUCAGGUCAUUUGGUGAUGGCUCUACAAGUUUGUUUUUCCAGUUAUUCUAA